AAAUUCUUUAUUCUCUCUCUUGAAAAUUGUUUGAGUUGGCAGGAAAUGAAAAAACGUCUCCUUCUAUACUCAUUAAGCUCAACCCUUAAACCCAAAUACAAAGCGUUCUAUUUCUAUAUCUCGUCCGUAUCACUUUUGAGUGAACAAUCAAAAUGGAACCCGUCAACCAACGUUGUCAUUACGAACCCAACCCUGGUGGCCAUGGAGUCUUGCUCCAGCAUGCGCCAGCUGAGGCAGAUCCAGGCCCGCAUGACCCGCACGGGCCUCAUGGACCACACAUUCCCAGCCAGCAGAGCCCUAGCUUUCUGUGCCCUCUCCGACUCCGGAGACGUUCGUUAUGCCCACGCUGUCUUCGACCGUAUUGAACAACCCAACACGUUCAUGUGGAACACCAUGAUCAGGGGCUACAGCAGGGCCAAUGUUCCUGCUAUGGCGUUUUCCUUCUUUCUCCGAAUGCUUCGCCAACUCUCCGAGAUGGACUGCAGAACCUUCGUUUUUUCGCUCAAGGCGUGCGAGCAGUUCUCGGGUUCUGUUGAGGGGGAAUCGGUGCACUGUUUGAUUCGGAAGACGGGCUUUGAUUCUGAGUUGCUAGUGCGAAAUGGGUUGGUUCACUUUUAUGCUGAACGUAGUUGGCUGAAAAGUGCGCGCCAGGUGUUUGAUGAAAGUUCUGAGAGGGAUGUUGUUACUUGGACCACAAUGAUUGAUGGCUAUGUGGGAAAUAAGUCUUCAGAUUCGGCUUUGGAAUUGUUUGGUUUGAUGUUGAGUAGUGGUGUUGAGCCCAAUGAGGUGACCUUGAUUGCGGUGCUCUCGGCGUGUUCCCAGAAUGGUGAUAUUGUCAUGGGAAGGAGUAUCCAUGAAGACAUAGCAAGGAAGAAUGUAAGGUAUACUUUGAGUUUAAACAAUGCAUUAUUGGACAUGUAUGUGAAAUGCGGUAGUUUGAUGGCUGCUAGAGAGCUUUUUGAUAAAAUGCAGACUAAGGAUGUUUUCUCGUGGACUAGUUUGGUUAAUGGGUAUGCUAAAUGUGGUGACUUGGAAUCUGCAAGGAGGUUUUUUGAUCAAACUCCGCAUAAAAACGUGGUCUCAUGGAAUGCAAUGAUUGCAGGAUAUUCUCAGAACAACAAACCCAAAGAAUCAAUAAAGUUGUUUUGGGAAAUGAUCGCAGCAGGUAUGGUUCCCAGCGAGCAUACCUUAGUCAGUGUGCUCUCUGCUUGUGGCCAGCUGAGUUGCUUGAAUUUGGGACACUGGAUUCAUCACCAUUUUGUCAAUGAGAAAAGGGUGCACCUUAGUGUGACUAUGGGAAAUGCAAUUAUAGACAUGUACGCCAAGUGUGGAAGCAUUGAUGCAGCAGCAGAAGUCUUUAAAGUAAUGCCAGUAAGAAGCCUGAUUUCUUGGAAUUCCAUGAUUGCAUCCUAUGCUGCUCAUGGCCGAGCAAAGCAAGCUAUCGUUGUAUUUGAUCAGAUGGUAUCUAUGGGAUUUAGGCCAGAUGAUGUUACAUUUGUGAGCUUGUUAACAGCUUGCAGCCAUGGUGGGUUAGUUUCCGAAGGACAAGAAUAUUUUGACACCAUGGAAACGAAGUAUGGGGUAAAGGCCAAAAGGGAACACUAUUCGUGCAUGAUUGAUCUACUUGGUCGAACAGGGCUUCUUGAAGAAGCUUACAAGUUAAUAACGAGUAUGCCAAUGCAACCUUGUGAAGCUGCUUGGGGUGCGCUUUUAAAUGCGUGUAGAAUGCAUGGCAAUGUCGAGCUUGCUAAAUUGUCGGCUGGUAACCUUAUGAAGUUGAAUCCAGAAGACAGUGGAACAUAUGUUCUGCUGGCAAAUAUCUGUGCCAAUGAUCGAAACUGGGGCGAUGUGAGGAGGGUGCGAAGUUUGAUGAGAGACAAGGGUGUGAAGAAGAUUGCUGGUCAUAGCUUGAUAGAGAUAGAGGGUGAAUUUAAGGAAUUUUUGGUUGCUGAUGAAUCAAACACUCAAUCUGAGGAGACCUAUAAAGUACUGGAUCUAAUAUAUUUGUUGUCAAAAUUGGAAGACUAUGACUCUGAGUUAUUUAUUAUAGGCUUCAAUGGCUAAACCACUUCUCUCCAA